ACGGAGCAGGACGUAUCGUGGACUUCAAUUACCAAAUCGCAAAGUGCACAGAUAUUCAUUGCAUGACAAAAAUUUAGAGGGACGUAAGUUUUUCUGCCUUUAAGCAUUGGAAAUGAUGUUAAGACGAGUGCAUUGGUGGGUGUGUCGGCGGAGGGGCGCUGCCAUAUGGGCCCUGAUGAUGGUCAUCGGGACAUGGAUGCUCAUUUACCUAACCCAAAACCGCUUCACUUUUUCAGAGCUGACAACUACGCCAGAAGAAAAGAUUCAUCAAGAGUUGAUGCCAACAUCAAGUGGAAAGAAAAGUAGUAUCCUGAAGAACACAAAGGAUCUGCCAGUGGAGGAUGGGUUUUCACGAGCUGAGUAUCUACGGAGCGCGUGUAAGAACAACAUACAUAGAUCGGGGAACAGAAAGGUCCGAGUAAGUUUCGACCCGCAUGUUAACGCCGUGUACUGUCCGCUGUGUAAGAUCGCUUCCACCUUCUUGACAAGAAUGUUCCGAAUGAUAGCGCUUAAUAACAGGGGUUUACCAAACGGGACUGUGUACACCCCUUUUGACGUGCCUAUCUCCGAUGCACCUCCUUCCACAGAUAAUUUGGACCUUAACAAGUGGACUGUCGGCAACAAAGAUGCAAGUAACAGUUUUCGGUUUAUGUUUGUAAGGAGUCCAUUUGAUAUGCUCUUUUCAGCUUACGUUGAUAAAUUUGUUGGACCUAAUCCUUAUUUCAAUCGGUUUUCACGAGAUAAGAAUAACCAAUGUGGAUAUGCGAAUUUUUCAUUUCGACAACUGCUUGAAUAUGUGAUUAUCACGGAUAAGAAGAAACAAACUCUCGACUGCCAUGUUGCCAAGUGGGAUGCGUGUUUACCAUGUGAAGUAAACUAUACAUAUAUAGGCAAAAUGGAAACGUUCAAAGACGAUAUCACAAGUAUAUUGUCAGCUCUUCGGCAGUUCAAGAGUCUGGAUGCAAUGGAAGCUAAGUCCUCUAACCUUCAUGCUGAUGACGCUAUACAGGAUUCGGUCUCUGGACCUUAUGAAUGGCGGAAGGACAUUGUAAAGUGCAUGUCAUGGCCAGAUGCUCUGCGUAAAAUUUGGCGAAAGUUGCAGAUCCGAGGAGUAAUAGGGACCAAGGGCUUUUCCCUCUCCGAGUUUGAGGCCGAGUCUAUUAGUAGGACUGAUUACAUCAACGUUCUUAAGAAAGUUAGGGAGAAAAGCACAGCAAACGAAAGACAUAUGAUGAAGCAGUUAUCUUACAUUGAAGCAUACAGGAAUAUUCCUGAGGAAUUAUUAGACAGUAUUAAACAUGUAUAUAGAAAUGAAUUUAAUUUAUUCAAUUUUAGCACCGAUACUAAAAUAUUUCGACAGUCGGAUCAAUACAAUGCAAUAGGUUUUUUUAAUUACUCGAACAUCGAAAGUAAUAUUUUGUUGCAUACUAUGGAUUAAGUUAACUUUCUUUCAAAAAGCAUUCGUAGGAAAUUAAACACAAAAUAUUGUACAUUGCAUUGUUAUAACAACAUACUGAUCACUUCUGAGGCAUACCUCAAAACAAAAUCAGACUAACAUAAAAUAAAGUCAGACAUCAAUAUCAUCGGGUUAAAACUAAUCUGUAAAAGUUCACUCAUAAGAAUUGUCGCUUAUUUAAUACAGCAAUAUUCAAGAACGUUUGUGAGGAAACAGAACGAAUCAGCAGCCAAUUGUUUAAAACUGGUUAAUUCUGUGAUUUAGUCAAAGCUAGCCAAAAACUGAAUUGCUUGGUCAAUAUUUAUUUAAUAUUUACUAUUAAAAACCAACAUAUGUGUGCAAUUUAGCAACACUCAUCAUGAACAAUACACUCCAAAUAACAAUCUACCUCCAUAAAUAAAUAAAAGUGGCAGAAAUUAGUUAAGGAACCAUAUUUAAUACAAAAAGAGCAAUGAUGUUGAAUAUUAUUUUAAAUUGAUAGUGCUCUCAAAAUAAAGUUAAGAUGUUCAGAAGCUGUAUUUCAAUUUUAAACGGGGCGAUACGAAACGCUUGGCCUGAAUGAUCGUCUUUGUUUUGCCGCUUUAUGAUAAUAUUGAGUCAGAAACUCGAGUGUUAAUAUAGUAAACUUUAUGGUACUACAUGCAUUCUAUAUUUAGAAAAACAAAUACAACCAAAACAUUAUUUCAAACUAUUUCGGAUAUAGAUAAGCUGUCUUUUAUACAGUCAAAUAAUAGACAAGGCUAUGCCAGAACCUGCAACUCUAUUCUUAUGCUUUUUAACUUUUAACAUUUUGUUAUUUUACUAAAAGCUACAACUAAGUGCUUAUCAGUUUAUGGCUGGUCUGACCACAGUGAUAAUGAAAGUGACAUAUUUUACUUCCAUUUUAAUGAUACAUGUCACUCAUGAAGAUAGAACACGUUAUUUUGAGUAUUUUAGUUUCCUUGUUUUAUUGCAAGAUUUUUCAUCUAUUUCUAGUUUCUUAUUGUAUAUAUGUAUAUAUAUAUAUAUAUAAACAACAUUUGGAUUUUGUCAUUAGACCAGGAGAUUUUGUUCAGAAUUCCAGGGGAUUUUGUUUAGAUUUCCAGGGGUUUUGUCAGUAGACCAGGGGAUUUGGUUAAGAGUUUCAGGCAUAAGACCAAAGGAUUUUGUCAUUUAUUAGACCAGGGAUUUUAAUUGAUCAGCAUAUCGCAACCGCACGAGCAUCAUUUGACGUUUUUCUACAUCCUGAAGUUUCAAACCCUAAAACGUUUCAUAACGCCGGAGGGGGAUACCUCCCUCUCGGAUCCACCCCAAACAAUCGUAACGUUUUGAGCGUUUCUUUUUCGAGGACAAGCACACUGCAGUCUUGUGUGAUUUUCUGUGACUUAUCUCGCUCGCCUGCUAAAUCGGGCCAUAGUGAAGUUCAAGGUCGUUCCUGAAGUUAAAAAGUCGUUGACUUCAAAUUAUGGUACACAUCACAUACCAACUGAAAGCCUCGUGGUCAUUAGCGAUUCUCUGGACUAAAAACGUAUCAUCCCAUGACUAAACAAUUAUGCAGAAGUUUGUUUGCAUUUCUGCAAAAUGUGUGUAGUAUGCUUGAAAUAGACAUAAUAGGGGGUUUAGGUUAAAAAAAUCGGCGUGGAAACAUUUACAGUCGAGUAAUAACCAAUGCAUAAAGUUUGGAAAAUAGGACUAUAUGCAUACAAACACAGUUACCACAUGCACAGAUAUGCCAUAUUUGCCGAAAAAUACGAAAAAUUGGGGAUAACUUCAACAAGUUUAUUUUUAAACAUUGCCUCCUAAGCCACAAUCUGUUCAAUAACUUGUUUUAUCUUUAAAGUUAUGAUACCAAACUAAGAAGUCGGUCGAAGAAUAUGUUUUUCGCCACAUACUGGACGCAUACAUUUUUUCAAAAUUUAAAGAAAAAGUCCACUUACCAGGCAAAAAUUGGUACCAGAAUUGGUACUUUUCAUUCUAAAUCCGCCAUUUUGUUUGCCACGAAACACUUUCUCACUUAAUGUUUGCAUGAAACGAAAUUACGUCCUCGCCCUUGCAUAUAUGGUGCAUUUGAGUUUACAAAAGAAAACAUAGGUCCGCCAAAAACACACAAGUUCCCAUGUACGGUUUGCUAGCUAUCAUGGCUAUUAUAUGGUGUAAUUCAAUCUGAAACGCAGACGUAUUCAUCGGGUGACAAACGUUUGGAGAGACGGAAUUGUUUUUAACAAUAUUUGAUGUUUGAAAUUGCAAGUCAUGGUUUCAUCAUAGUUGUUUUAUAGGAAUUACAAAUUGACAAGUAGCAUUCUGAUGAACGGUCGUUUACUCGAGCGUAAAACUGUUGGGAUUUUUUAUGUUCUACUAAAUUGAAAUAACUACACGAACUACUUGCAACGUAGUUCAAUACACAUUCUGUAAUACACACAAUGUAAACCGUCAUAAUACAGGGCAAUUUACAAAACUUCGGAAGUGACUACUAUAUGUGUAGCAUGCUUUUUUUUAACAUUUGACAGUGACUCAACGCAUAGUUAUACCAUCUCAGAGCAUUUAGCUACUUUACAGCUUUAUAGGAUUUGAAUUUCAAUGCUUUGUGAUUUAAAAAAAUGCCGAUGUUUGUUAAACUAUUUGUUUUUAUAUAUAACCAAAUGGCGUAAAAUAUAUAAACAUUAUGUCUUAAUUUAUGCUAUUUGUUAUAGGUGUAAACUAUUUAUGCAAUUCUUGUUAAACGUGAACUGUAGAGAAAGAUGCGAUGGCAAUAAAAAUGUUUUUUUUUUCAUAAAAGAUUGACGACGGCUAGAGUAUGAAGUAACUUAGAACUGCACCUUUUAAGUUAUGGUAUGAACCCCCCCCCCCCCCCCCCCUACACAUUACAUUGUUUUAGCAUUAAUGAUUACAAUUUUACAAUUGAAAAAGUUUUCAUGUUUUCAUGUUUGCAUAUCCGACUCAUGUCGAUACGAUACAAUAUGUUAAUACAAUGUUCAUAGCAUGUAAACAAGUAAAUCAAUAAAUGGGAAAAAGUACACAAACACAUUUUCUGGAGCUAAUAGAUGCAAUGUCAUAACAUCCCAUUAAAGUAAGUUGGCGGGUGCCAUUGAACAGCCUUGUUUAAGCUACUAGAUGAAGAGUGUUGAUUUUAAGUUGCGCCAUUCUAAAAUAAUCAACACGAUACGUCUCCAUUUUUUCCUUUAUAUUUGUUUUGUGCUAUUCGCUAACAUUGAAUAAAUUGGAACACAUUCGUCGUUAUUACACAACUUUAGCAGAAUAUAUUUUAUUUGUCAACUUGAAGUUUGCAAUUAAUCUUUAUUUAAGAAAUCUGAAUAUGCUGAUUAUUUUAUUUAUUUUUGAAUUUGGUUUUAUGGUAUUCUCGUAUUAUUUCUAAACGUUAUUAGAGCCUUUGCAUAACAAUCAUUUAUUUUAUUAAGUUGCCUUUAUUAUAAACAACAAUGCUUUUAGGGUACGAACCGAACAGUAGCCGUGCGUGUGUAAUAAAACUGGCUAAUCCGUUUAUCCGGGACAUUCGCUAAUCUCUGACACGCGUUGUACAACGCAUUUUCACCUUUCAUGGUAUGACAUUUUUGUGUAUUGUACUUUCAAGACUUUUAAAAUAAAAACAUUAUGUUCAUGUGAAAUGCCAGAAUUCGUCGAUAGUUUAGUUAUUUGCGAAAAUAGAGCAUGCAGGAAAAGAUUAAAAAGUUAAAAAAAGACGAUCAGUUGGCAGAAAUACAUAAGACAACUGGUCGUGGCAGUGCAUCUGCUGCAACAAAAUCGAUAGUUAAACAAAACAAAAAUAAUAGAAAUCCUUAAGUACUGAGUUAACUUAAAAUUUUGAUUUACAUUUAUUCAUUCAUUGUUUCUUUUUGUAUUACUAUUAUCAAUAGUAUACUUAUAACUGAAUUUAAUAUGAAAAAAACACACACACAAUGUGCUUGUUAUUCAUGACAUUAAUUUUAGUACAUGUGCAUAUUUUAUAUUUUUAUCUUUGCCUGAAUUUAUUAUUUGUUUUAUUGAUAUAAAAUAUGAAAUGAAAGGUGACAUAAUUACCAUCAAAUCUAACAGAACUGAAGAAGCCAUCUUCAAAUGGUGUAUAAUCUUGCUAUAUUCUUGCUAUAUGUAUCAUGCAUUUAUUAAUGGAUCGAGUAUUGCAACUUGCAAGUAUCGUUCGAAAAAUGAGCACUAUAACUUGCGUUCUUCAGAAAACAAGGAUCUUUUUGUUGUAAAACCUAGAACAAACUAUGUCAAAAAUACAUUUGCCUAUAAAGCAAUGAAAAUUUGGAAUUAUCUUCCUACAUACAUUAAAUGUCAAGAUAAGCUACCAGCCUUUAAACAUGCAUUAAAAGGCUACUUAUUGGCAGAAUAAUUUUAUCACAUGAACAAAAAAUCUUGACACUUUAUUUACUUCACAUUAUAAUAAAUAGUUCAUUGUUUACAUAAAUUGUGUUAAUGUACGUAUAUGACAUUCUUGCAACAACUUGUAAUGGAUACUACCAAAUAUGUAAAUAUAUUGAUUGAAUGUGUUUUACUGAAUAUAUCUACAUUAUUUACAGUAUGAAAUUAUUGUAAUUUAUAAUCAUCAUAUCAAACUGAGUUGUGUUUGUCGAAGAAAUGUAUGAUAGUGAUAGUCUGAUUGUACGUUUUGUAUGUUACUUAAUAUGUAACUUAGUACAUGUGUUUUUGUAAUACAUUUUGUGUGAAGGCCAUGCUGGAAAUAAGUAGUAUGUCUGUAAUGAUUGUACACUUAGUAUGUAACCUUCGUUAAAUAAAGUUGUUAUUAUUAU